CGCAUGAGAGGAUUAUCUCCGUGUCAGUGUGGGAUUGUGGACAGGGAGGUACAAUUUUUGCUGUGACUUUGCCUGCGAUGUGUUUUUUAUGGUUUUCCCUAGCUGGGCCACGUCACAACAUCCUUCCUGGUGUUGUUUUUGUAAAUUCAGUCUUUCGCUAUUUCUUUCUUAUCGCUAUCUCCUGGAAAAACGGGAAUCGAGUCUACGACUAGGCAUCACAUUUAAUGAAUCAUGGGCGACGUUCCUCAACUGAUAAAGAUCGGAAUUUCUUUGAAAAGUCAGCCCAGCAACGGUCCAGUAUUUUUCAAAGUGGACGGGACGAGAUUCGGCCAGAACAGAACGAUAAAAUUGCUGACAGGGUCAAAGUACAAAGUUGAAGUAAUCGUCAAACCAGGCGCUCUUGAAGCCACCACCAUGAGCAUAGGUGGGGUGAGCUUUCCAUUGGAGCAGCAGUCCAAAGACCCCCAGUCUGUAAGUUACAGUGGAACAUAUGACACAGAGGGGGUUGUGCACACCAAAAGUGGGGAGAGACAACCUGUUCAAGUCAAUAUCCAGUUCACUGAAGUCGGACUCUUUGAGACAGUGUGGCAGGUAAAAUAUUACAACUACCACAAGAGGGACCACUGCCAGUGGGGGAACAGCUUCUCCAGCAUUGAGUACGAGUGCAAACCCAAUGAGACACGCAGCUUGAUGUGGAUCAACAAGGAGAUGUUCAUUUGAGGGGCUCUCACAAAAUCAAUCAGCAUUCAAAACUUCUUAAACAUAUCAAAGGACUUUAUUGGUAUCAGCCAGACUGAUGCCUUACCAGAGGCAAACAUAUCAAAACUAGUAGGCCCUUCUCUGUUUCUUCCCCUUCUUAGAAUAUAGUUAUUGCUUUGACACAAGCCCUCAAGCUGGCCACUUGGUGUGUGAAGUGAUGUGUUGUGUGAGUGAACACUGUGAUUUGUUUCUGCCAUGUUUUAGUAUUUGUGUCAUUUAAUAUUGUGCACAGUAGGGUAAUUUGUCUACCUCUACAGUACAAGCAGGGUGAGACCUUAAAAAUGUUUUACAGCAAUUUGAUAGAAGAAAAUGAUACCAUUAUAAUUUCCUUGUUUAUCUAUCCUAUGCAAAUACAUUAUGGUCAUAUCUGAUAU